ACGCUGGUUGGAGAAAGGGAGUCGCCAUUUUACGCUAAGAAAACGUUUCAAAAAUGAGUUACGGAAGAGGCCCACCAGAAAUUGAUGGCAUGACCUCAUUGAAGGUUGACAAUUUGACAUACAGAACAACACCAGAAGAUUUGCGACGGGCAUUUGACAAAUAUGGAGAUGUAGGUGAUGUAUACAUUCCGCGGGACCGAUUCACAAGAGAAAGCAGGGGAUUUGCCUUUGUCAGAUUCUAUGACAAAAGGGAUGCCGAGGAUGCCCUGGACUCUAUGGAUGGCGCAAUCAUGGACGGCCGAGAAUUGAGGGUGCAGAUGGCGAGGUAUGGACGCCCAAGUGAACCGUACAGACGGGGACCACCAAGACGCAGUAGUGGUUACAGAUCAAGAUACAGGUCAAGAUCUAGAUCACGUUCCAGAUCUAGACGGAGAUCCAGUUCUCGAUCCAGGCGCAGGAACAGGCGUUCUAGAAGCAGAUCAUACAGUAGAUCAAGAUCCAGAAGCAGGAGCAACAGCAAAAGCCCAAGCAGAAGUCGAUCACGAAGCAAGUCAGGAUCCCGCUCUCCAGACAGAAAUGAUGAAGGCCAGCGGGAGGAAGAUUGAGGACCAGCAUUGUAAAACACGAAAACUUUACAUCUUGACUGAGACUUGUGCAGUUUCUCUUUCUAGAUACUCCUGUGCAAAAGGUUAAUACUUGCCACUGAAUCAUUUGCACUAAACUUGUCAGACUUGUCCUCAUCAUUUCAUUUGAAUAAGUGGCAAAAAUGGUAUCAUUUAUUUAGUGUUGAACAUUGGACUAUGAAAUGUUUUAUGGAUCAUUUACAAUUUUAACUUUUCAUUUCAUGUCAUGUAAAUAAAUGUCUAUUUUGAUGGUUUUAA